CGCCGAGCGCGGCGGUGACACCCUGGUCGCCGGCGUCCACGGAGGAAUCCGGCUCCCUCCGCGUGAGCAGAGACGUCCCGCGCGGCGGAGCGCGCCCUGCGGGGAGAGGCCCUGGUAACGCGGCUUCUCGCUGACCUCUUAAUUUCAGGAGGUUUGGGAAGCUCGGAGUUCCUAUACAGCCCCCCACAGGAACUACUUCUAUUGACCCUUCGAGGAUCAUCUUUCACCAGGAUUAUUGUACCAUCUCACGGAGCCUUCCACCCCCUACCCUCUACCAUUGGUCCUGAUUUCUACCAAUGAAGUGUUUUGAUGCUUUCUGUAGUCACGUGACACAGUCCUUGGCCACCUUUUUCCUUUCCAGUUGCCAAAUACAUUAGGUGUAAGUUUGUGUGGUGUUAAAGUACAAAGUUUCCUGCCUGCCUACUUUCACCUUAGUCGCACCGCUCACUUCUGUCCCGCUUUGCUUUAACGUGCUUACCUGUAAUUUCCAUAACCACUCACUUGGGUAACCUAUAUAAUCCUUGCCUAGAAGACACAGCAUUCCAUGCAGUGCGCUGCUGAACAAAGACAGCAGUUCAAGGACGAGCUUUCCCGUUAGAUUUUCCUUUAUGUCACUUCUGCAAGUCCUAUCGACUUUAACUGUAUUCCCUGGUCCAGUUUCCAAAUAGUCCCACCUGAGUCUUAGUUCCUUUAGCAAAGAACCUCACCUGUGAUGAUGGCAGGAGCAAUCAAGCAGACCAUAAGAUUGUUGUGGAGACCUUGCUGUUUACAGUCUUGGUUGUAGUCGCCAUUGAAUUUGCAGUUCAUGAAAAGGGGAAUAAAGUAGAAGAGCUAGUUCUCGCUGUAGGAACUUUGUAAGUUUCAAAACAAAAGUAAAGAGACGCACAGUGGCCUUACUUAGAUUGACCAGCACACUAUUCAUCUAGGUCCUGGGGGGAGUUAGGGGAUUUAGAGGAGGGAUCUUAAGACUGCAUUUUCUAGUAACAUUGUGUACAAAUCUUAAGUGUUAAAUAUCUUAUUCUAGUAAUUGCCCAAUAUAUUAGACACUUAAAAUGCUGGGAAAACGUAAGCGUGUAGUUUUGACAAUUAAAGACAAGCUUGACAUUAUUAAGAAACUUGAGGAAGGCAUCUCUUUCAAAAAGCUUUCUGUGUUGUAUGGAAUUGGUGAAUCCACAGUUCGUGAUAUUAAAAAGAACAAAGAAAGAAUAAUAAACUAUGCAAACAGUUCAGAUCCUACAAGUGGGGUAUCUAAACGUAAAUCUAUGAAGUCAUCAACAUAUGAGGAACUUGAUAGAGUUAUGAUAGAGUGGUUUAACCAACAGAAAACAGAGGGCAUUCCUGUAUCCGGAACGAUUUGUGCAAAACAAGCCAAGUUCUUUUUUGAUGCUUUGGGGAUGGAAGGUGAUUUUAAUGCAUCAUCUGGCUGGCUAACUCGAUUUAAGCAGCGCCAUGGUAUCCCAAAGGCUGCUGGUAAAGGGAUAAAAUUAAAAGGAGACGAAACUGCUGCCAGUGAAUUUUGUGGUAACUUUCAGGAAUUUGUUGAGAGAGAAAAUCUACAACCUGAGCAAAUUUAUGGGGCUGAUCAAACUGGAUUGUUCUGGAAAUGUCUGCCAUCAAGGACAUUAACUUUUGGAACUGAGCAAAAUAUUUCUGGCUACAGGUCAAGCAGAGAGAGAAUCAUUAUCAUGUGUUGUGCAAAUGCCACAGGUUUACACAAACUUAAUCUUUGUGUUGUGGGAAAGGCAAAGAAGCCUCGUGCGUUCAAAGGAGCUGACCUUUCAAACCUUCCUGUCACUUAUUUUAGUCAAAAAAGUGCAUGGAUAGAGCAUUCUGUUUUCAGGCAGUGGUUUGAAAAAUUCUUUGUACCACAGGUGCAGAAGCAUUUGAAAUCUAAAGGGCUUCUAGAGAAAGCAGUGCUGCUUUUGGAUUUCCCCCCAGCACAUCCGAAUGAAGAAUUGUUGCGUUCAGAUGAUGGCAGAAUAAUUGUGAAAUAUUUGCCACCAAAUGUCACAAGUCUGAUUCAACCAAUGAGCCAGGGAGUACUAGCCACGGUAAAAAGAUACUACCGAGCAGGACUUAUCCAGAAAUACAUGGAUGAAGGAAUUGACCCAAAAAUGUUUUGGAAGAAUUUAACAGUAUUGGAUGCAAUUUAUGAAGUUUCCAGUGCUUGGAAUAUGGUGAAAUCAAGUACCAUAACCAAAGCAUGGAAAAAACUUUUCCCUAGCAAUGAAGAGAGUUCGGGAAUGAACAUUGAUGAAGGAGCCAUCUUAGCAGCUAACUUAGCAACAGUUUUACAGAAUACAGAAGAUUGUGAACAUGUUGGCAUUGAAAAUAUUGACCAAUGGUUAGACUCUCACAGUAAUGACUCAAGCUGUCAGGUGUUAACUGACAGUGAAGGUGUGGAAAACCAGGCUAGGCCUGCUGGGCAAAAGUCUUCCAAUAAGGCUAGAAAAACAGAACUGAAUCCAGAGAAGCAUAUUAGCCAUAAAGCUGCACUUGAAUGGACCGAAAACUUACUGGGUUAUCUAGAACAACAAGAUGAUAUGCUUCUGUCUGAUAAACUGGUAUUGCGGAGGCUUCGAACCAUAAUAAGAAGAAAACAGAAGAUCCAAAAUAACAAAAAUCACUAAUAAUGGUCUUAAGGAUUUUGGCAUCUCUGGACCUUUGUGACUAUGUGCGGUAGAACUUAAUGAUCUUGUUUGAAGUGCUGUGGAUUCCAAGGCCAAAUAUAUUUUAUAAACAAUUUUAGAAUUAGAUGCCAUUUUGGAUUACUUAAAUUACUGUGCUUUAAUGUCAACUCUAGUAAGUGAGCAUUGACAUGUACCUUGUUGACUGUUUCUAAUCUGUAUUAGACUAAUUAGAUCAUAAGGUACCUGAGGCCAGGGAUCUUGUGUCUGUUUUGUGCCUGAAUUUCAUUGUGUCUAAUACAGAGUCAUGCACACUAUAGGCAAUCAAUAAAUCUUUCUAAAUUGAAUUUUUAUGA